AUGCCUCGCAGGGCUCCAAAAGCCAGCGCCAAAGCCAGCGCCAAAGCCAGCGCCAAAGCCAGCACCAAAGCCAGCACCAAAGUCAGCGCGAGAUGGCCCUUGGGUGAUCCGGGCCCCAGCCGCGCAGCCAGGAUGCAAGUAUUUAUUCAAGCCCCCCGACAGCCCACGCCCUUGACGAACGAAGAGGAAGAGUCCACGUCCUCGUCAGAAGCCGAAUCGCCCACGCCAUCGGCACCAGCCAGGUUGCCCAAGCCACCGGCACCGGUCGGUGGACAGCCGGCCAGCGGACAGCGCGUGCCCCCUCCCACCAUGCCCUCACAACCCCUCGUGACGGCAGAUGCUCCGAAUGUGGGCGGACAGCAACGUCCCUCGGGCAACCUCGAUGCGCAAGACGCGUACAAGUUGCUUCUCGAGGGAGCAAAUAGCUUGCAACAAACCCUCGCCGCAGUGUCGGAGCAGGGGCAGACGUGGAAAAGGCAGGCACAAGAGUGGCAAGAGCGAGCAAAUGCCGCCGAAAAGCAAGCCGAGUCGGCGGAACAGCGGUCUCGGAGCAGCAAAAGGUUGGCAGAGGAGUUGGAAGUGCGACUGCGGCGGCGUUCAGUGACGAUGCGAGAGCAAGAGCAGACGUUGCGAGAGCAACAACGGACCUUGGGAGAGCAGGAGCAGACGUUGCGAGAGCAACAACAGACCUUUCAGGAGCAAGCAUGGGCCAUGGAAGAGCAAAUCCGGGCCACCGAAGAGCAGGCACAAGUCACAAAGGCCGAUUUGGCCCGCUGCCGAGCCAAGGUGCAUGAACAGGCACGCCUCUUGAAGGAUCGGCUGGCGGAGAAGACACAACUGAGCAGUGGGCUUGCCGACGUGGCCGCCCAACUGGCCGAGGCGAAUCGAAGACUGAUCGCGUUCGAGGUUCUGCGGUGCGAGAUCUGCAACCUGGCGUUCCGGAAUGCCUACCUGCCGUGCGGGCACACGUACUGCAGGGUAUGCAUCGGCCAGACGCUGCUCCAGAACCCUUCUUGUCCGCACUGCAGGGCCGGGUUUCAAGACGACCUGGUCCGAACCCUCUACGCCGGCGGAGACAUUGACGAGCUUCCGGCCGACCAAGAAAUGGACGAGGUCGUCGCUGACCCAGACACGAUCGAGGUCGUGACAGACCCAGACACGAUCGAGGUUCAUGUUGACCCAGCCACGAUCCAGUUUAUGGCUUACCAACAAGCAACGGUCGAGGUUGUGGCUGACCAAGAAAUGGUCGAGGUCAUCGACCUGGUCUCCGAUGGCGAGUAGGCAUGUUGCCAGGUCUUUUGGUUUUUGGUUUCUUGUCUUUUUGUGUUGGGUGGUUGUUUUUGGGUCGCUGCUUUUGAUGGUUGGCUUAGUCAGUCUUUGAUAUCACUUUACCCGGUAAUAGCAGCCAGGAAUAAUUUCACAAGAGUUUCUUACCC